ACACUGGAUAUAGAGAACAACAACUUUCCCUACCAGUUACUGAACUUCCGUAAGUGUGAGAUCUGCUUGCUGUCCUUUCCAAAAGAGACCCAGUUCCAGCGCCAUAUGAGGGAUCAUGAGCAAAAUGACAAGCCUCAUCGAUGUGACCAGUGUCCAAUGUCAUUCAAUGUUGAAUUCAACUUGACACUUCAUAAAUGCACCCACAAUGGUGAAGAUCCGACGUGCCCUGUGUGCAACAAGAAAUUCUCCAGGGUAGCUAGUCUGAAAGCUCAUAUAAUGCUCCAUGAGAAAGAAGAGAACCUUAUAUGUUCAGAGUGUGGAGAUGAAUUUACUCUACAGAGUCAGCUAUCUAUACAYAUGGAAGAACAUCGUCAGGAGUUGGCUGGCAGUAGAAUCCACAUCUGCAAAUCUUGCAAAAAGGAAUUUGAAACUUCCUCACAGCUGAAGGAGCAUAUGAAAUCUCACUUUAAGAUAAGGGUGUCAAAUACACGAUCGUACAACAGAAACAUUGACAGGAGUGGGUUCACCUAUUCAUGUCCGCACUGUGGAAAGACUUUCCAAAAGCCAAGUCAGUUAACUCGACAUGUUAGAAUACACACAGGGGAAAGACCCUUCAAGUGCAGCGAGUGCGGCAAGGCCUUCAACCAGAAGGGAGCGCUGCAGACGCACAUGGUGAAGCACACGGGCGAGAAGCCGCACGCCUGCGCCUUCUGCCCCGCCGCCUUCUCCCAGAAGGGCAACCUCCAGUCGCACAUCCAGAGGGUUCACUCCGAGGUGAAGAAUGGCCCUACAUAUAACUGUACAGAAUGUAGCUGUGUCUUUAAGAGCUUGGGUAGCUUAAAUACACAUAUCAGCAAGAUGCAUAUGAGUGGUGCACAGAAUGCUGCAAGCUCCUCAACAGAUGCAUCUCAUGGUACCGCGGACCCUGUCACCCAGCCUCUGACAGCAGCUCCUGCUAGUCUUUUGCCACCUGUUGAUAGCAAAUGGAAGAAUACAGAAAACCAGGUGUCUUCAGCUCCAGCUCCUCAGGGGCAGCAGGCGGUAACCGAUGUGAUCCAGCAGCUCCUUGAGUUAUCAGAACCAGGUCCAGUAGAAAACAACCAGCCCCAGCAGCCUGGCCAGCAGCUCAACAUUGCCRUGGGAAUCAACAGAGACAUUUUGCAGCAAGCUUUAGAGAACAGCGGGUUGUCUUCCAUUCCUGUCGCUGCACAUUCUACUGACUGCAACCAGACGAAGACACCUGGGGUCCAGGAGCAAAGUCCAGAUGUCCAGCCUGUGCCAAACCAUCAGGCAGAUUCUAACAACACAGAACAAGAGAAGGAGCAAGAGAGCAGAGAGAAACUGGAAAAGAAAGAGAAAAAGAUUCUUAAGAAAAAGUCACCGUUUUUACCUGGGUCUAUCCGUGAGGAAAACGGAAUAAGAUGGCACGUGUGUCCCUAUUGCUCUAAGGAGUUUAAAAAGCCGAGCGACCUGGUGCGCCACAUCCGCAUCCACACCCACGAGAAGCCCUUCAAGUGUCCGCAGUGUUUCCGCGCCUUCGCCGUCAAGAGCACCCUCACAGCACACAUCAAAACUCACACGGGGAUUAAAGCUUUCAAGUGCCAAUUUUGUAUGAAGUGCUUUUCCACCUCAGGGAGUUUAAAGGUUCACAUUCGUCUACAUACAGGUGUUAGRCCUUUUGCUUGUCCUCACUGUGAUAAAAAGUUCAGGACGUCAGGGCACAGGAAGACUCACAUCGCGUCCCACUUCAAGCACACGGAGCUGAGGAAGCUGCGGCAUCAGCGCAAGCCGGCCAAGGUCCGAGUGGGAAAGAGCAGCGUUCCCGUCCCAGACAUUCCUCUGCAGGAGCCCAUCCUCAUCACUGAUUUAGGUCUUAUCCAACCAAUCCCAAGGAAUAGCCAGUUCUUCCAAAAUUAUUUUAAUAAUAAUUUUGUGAAUGAUGCCGAUAGACCAUACAAGUGUUUUUACUGCCAUCGAGCCUAUAAAAAGUCUUGUCAUCUUAAACAACACAUCAGGUCGCACACGGGUGAGAAGCCCUUCAAGUGCUCGCAGUGCGGCCGGGGCUUCGUGUCGGCCGGCGUGCUCAAGGCCCACAUCCGCACGCACACGGGCCUCAAGGCCUUCAAGUGCCUCAUAUGCAACGGGGCCUUCACCACGGGYGGCAGCCUCCGGCGCCACAUGGGCAUCCACAACGACCUCCGCCCCUACAUGUGUCCCUACUGCCAGAAGACCUUCAAGACGGCGCUGAACUGUAAGAAACACAUGAAGACCCACAGGUACGAACUGGCACAGCAGCUUCAGCAGCAUCAGCAAGCUGCUUCAAUAGAUGACUCUGCAGUGGAGCAGCAGAGCAUUCACGUUUCCACACAGAUGCAAGUGGAGAUCGAAAGYGCCGAGCUGCAGCAGCCGGAAGCCGUGGCCGCCGAUCAGCAGGCGAUUCUGGAGUUAGAGCAGCAGCCCGUGGUGGGCACGGAGGAAACGGGCCUAGAGCAACCGUUGCCUGAGCAGCCUUUAGAGCAAGAUGAAGAUAGGUUUGUGACAUCCCAGCAUGCUUUACAGGAAAACAUUACUCAGUUUGAACAACAAGCUAUAACGCAACAGUCGUUUGAUCAACAAGGUUUUACGGUGAGCGACAGCUACAAUCAGCAGCCUCAGUUUCCAGCUGUACAGCAGCUACAGGAUUCAAGUACACUUGAAUCUCAAGCUCUUUCAACRAGUUACCACCCACCAGCCCUUCUUCAGGUUCCAAAUAGUGACGCUAUCAAUGUGACUACUCGCCUGAUUCAAGAUCAGCCAUCACAAGAAGAACUGGAAUUGCAUUCCCAGCGACCUCCUUUUCUUGAGGAUAAUGAAGAUCAAAGCAGGCGUUCAUAUAGAUGUGAAUAUUGCAACAAGGGUUUUAAGAAAUCCAGUCAUUUGAAACAGCAUGUAAGGUCACAUACUGGUGAGAAGCCUUAUAAAUGCCAGCUUUGUGGCCGUGGCUUUGUUUCCUCAGGAGUUCUUAAAUCACAUGAGAAGACUCAUACAGGAGUUAAAGCAUUCAGCUGCAGCAUUUGCAAUACAUCCUUCACAACUAAUGGCAGCCUUACCAGGCACAUGGCAACUCACAUGAGCAUGAAGCCUUACAAGUGCCCCUUCUGUGAUGAGAGCUUUCGAACAACUGUUCACUGCAAAAAGCAUAUGAAAAAGCAUCAGGCAGUCUCCUCAGCUGUAGCAGCAGCUACAGAAACAGGAGGGGGAGUUACGUGUGUUGAAGAUGAUGAUGAAAACUCUGAACGAACGUCCAGAAAAUCGCGACCUGGUGUCAUAACUUUUACGGAAGAAGAAACAGCAGAACUGGCAAAAAUCCGACCUCAGGAGAGCGCCACUGUCUCGGAAAAAGUUCUUGUUCAGUCUGCUGCAGAAAAAGACAGAAUUAGUGAGAUCAAGGAUAAGCAAGCGGAACUAGAAGCAGAGCCCAAAUAYGCUAACUGUUGCAAUUACUGCCCCAAAAGCUUUAAAAAACCCAGUGAUUUAGUUAGGCAUGUCCGUAUCCAUACCGGGGAGAAGCCCUAUAAGUGUGAAGAAUGUGGGAAGAGUUUCACUGUGAAAUCAACUCUAGACUGCCACGUCAAAACACAUACAGGCCAGAAGCUCUUCAGUUGCCACGUGUGCAGUAACUCCUUCUCCACCAAGGGGAGUCUGAAAGUGCACAUGCGCCUGCACACGGGAGCCAAACCCUUCAAGUGCCCCCACUGCGAGCUCCGCUUCCGCACUUCGGGGCGCAGGAAAACCCACAUCCAGUGUCACUACAAACCGGAGGCGAAGAAGGCUCGCAAGGCYGUCGCGCGCCCCUCCGCCGAGGGGCUGCAGCCCGUCAGCCUGCUCAACUCCUCYUCGGCAGACCCGAACGUUUUCAUCAUGAACAAUUCGGUUCUGACAAGUCAGUUUGAGCAAAAYUUGCUUCCGCAAGGACUCGUGGGCCAGGCUAUUCUUCCUGCUUCUGUGUCAGAUGGUAGCUUGGCCACUCUUGAAGGAAUUCAGUUACAGCUCGCUGCUAAUCUGGUUGGACAGAACGUGCAAAUCUCGGGAAUUGAUGCUGCCAGUAUUAACAACAUAACGUUACAGAUCGAUCCGAGCCUGCUGCAGCAGACGCUGCAGCAGAGCAACCUGCUGGCGCAGCAGCUGAGCGGCGAUGCCGGCGCGGCGCCGCACACCCCCGCGCUGCAGCCCGCCGACAGCGCCGUGCCCGCCAGCGUGGUCCUCCAGCCCCUGCCGGGCCUCUCCCUGCAGCCCCCCGGCACAGCUGCGGCCAGCAUGACCAUCGGAGCCCUCUCGGAGCAGGAGCCCGUGCUGGCAACCAGCACCACUGGUGCACAGGACAUCUCUCAAGUCAUGACUUCACAGGCUAUGGUGUCUUCCUCAAAUGGACAACAUGAGAUAACGUUGACUAUCAAUAAUUCCAGUUUGAGCCAAGUUCUAGCUCACGCUACAGGUUCUGCUACUGCAAAUUCGUCAGGAAGUCCUCAAGAAAUCACUCUUACAAUAUCAGGCCAAGAUCUUAUUCAGCAUAAUUCUGGGAGCAGUGAUCUGAAUGGCAGCUUAAGGUUGACAACGCCAACAAUCAACAGUCAGACUACAGGUGCUACAUUAACUAUAAGCAACGAGCAGCUUCUUCCUCAGGGCACUUCACUAAACACACCAGAACUUAAUUCAACGGGUGGAACAAACCUUCCUUCAACACCACCCAUCUCUCAGUCCACAGUUUCUGCCCAGAACUUGGUCAUGUCUUCGUCGGGAGUCGCAGGAGAUGGUAGCGUCACCUUGACCCUCGCUGACACUCAGGGAAUGUUGUCCAGUGGUCUCGAUGCAGUUACACUUAAUAUUACUUCACAGGGCCAGCAGUUCCCUGCUCUCCUCACAGACUCCAGCCUGGGCAGCCAGAGCGGGCCGGGCUCGCAGCAGGUGAUCCUGGUGAGCCACGCGGCCCACCCGGCCUCGGCGGCCCCGGAGGAGCUCACCUACCAGGUGACCGAGGUUUCUCCUGGUGUGACUAAAAGCGGGCAAGCAGACAAAGAGGGUCGUGUGCACCAGUGUUUUGAGUGUAAUCAGACCUUUUCUUCCACCGCUAUGUUGAUGCACCACAGUAAAGAAGUCCAUGGCAAGGAGAGAAUACACGUUUGCCAUGUCUGCAAUAAAGCCUUCAAGCGAGCAACGCAUCUCAAGGAACACAUGCAAACCCACCAGGCUGGGCCCUCGCUGAGCUCCCAGAAGCCGAGGGUGUUUAAGUGUGAUACUUGYGAGAAGGCUUUUGCCAAGCCAAGUCAGCUGGAGAGACACAGUCGCAUUCACACAGGGGAACGGCCAUUUCAGUGUACCCUCUGUGAAAAGGCUUUUAACCAGAAGAGUGCUCUUCAAGUUCAUAUGAAGAAGCACACAGGAGAGAGGCCUUAUAAAUGUGAUUAUUGUGCAAUGGGAUUUACACAGAAAAGCAAUAUGAAACUCCAUAUGAAACGGGCUCAUGGUUACACUGGUCCUGUACAAGAACCUGCUAGCCAUCAGGAGCAAGAAGGUGAAGAUAUUAGUCGUUCUUUGAAUUUAGAAGAGGUGGUACAAGAAUCUUCAAAUGAAUGGCAAAGUAUAGGCAACGUUUUUCGAUGACACCUUAAAAUUUGAAAGCUGAAAAUGCUUUCCGGACUUGAAUUUCUCUAAAUAAGUUUUCAGAAAAGUAAAAGAURGAUUUUACCAUUGAAGCUUCAAGCAUUGAAAAUAUUAACAAUAGAAUAAUAUAUUAUAGUUUUUUUAAUUAUUUCCAAAAAUUGCCUAAAAGAAUCAAUGUCUUUUUUAAGCUUGUAGAAAAAUAUUGGGAAAGCAUUGUUUAAUCUGUGCUAAGUUGUCUAUGAAUCAAUGAACUCAGGUAAUACUAUAUAGAGCUUCUUCAUCUUCUAAUUCACAGUCAGCAUAUCUAAUUGGAAAAUAAACUGGAACUUCAUAUCAGAAUAGAAUGUUUCCCAUCUUUAAAGGAGAAAAA